UCCUCUGUCAAACCUUUGUGGAGUAGCAGCAGUCUGGCGGUGCCGAGCACCGCCUGCCUUCCCAGAACAGAGCAGCGGACAGGGCUCUGACGGUGACCGAACCAAACGUACUCGGUGUGAGAGCGGAGCUGCGAAUGACCAGGAGGCGUUCAGUUAGUUCGGAUCUGCUGCGCGAGGACUGGAUAGGUUCUGGUGACGAGGAACCUCGAGUACCGAGUCAGGAGGACAGUCGGUGGCUUUUAGCGUGUUGCUGUUUGAAGAAAAGUUGUUUCUGUCCACCGGACACAGGCUGAGGACAUUUACUGUUGGAGGGAGCACUGUACGGGGUGCUAGUAAGGAACAUUUUGACUCGGGCCAAAUUGAAAGAGUUGCAGAGCUGAGUGAGGCCCUGGAAUGAGAGCUCCCUGCCAUCCUGUCUACCCCAGACCUCCAGGAGGAGCACGCUGGGCGACACACUGAGUGUGCUGUUUGUCUGAUGCGGUCAGGCUGCCAUGGCUCUGGUCCAGGCACUUCCUGUGAGUGACCAUCCCAAUCCAGGUCUUGACCUCCACCAGUGCCGGCCACUGUCACCCCACUCCCCCUCGGAUCCCUGCUCCGGUCCUUGUGGGGCCUGCAGCUCCGACACAGCCAUGGGUUCAGUCAGCAGUCUCAUAUCAGGCAGGACAUAUCAAGAGAGGCACUGCAGGGCAGGCAGCGAAUUCACCAACAAACCACGUCGCUCCACGCCGGCCACCAGCUGCUUCCGGCUGCAGGACAAAACCCUCCGCAGUGGGAGCUCCCUGGAGCAGCUGCUGGUCAACAGCAACCAUACACAGCCUCAGGCCCAGGUUCUCCCUCCGCCACUGCCCACCAAAAAGCAGCCGCGACCUGGAAACUCUGCCGGUGCAAGUGGGGGUGGAAUGGCUGCUGGAGCAGCUGGAGGUGGAACCAAUGCAAACUUUGGAUAUGUAAGCGAAGAGGUGGUUGUUGGAGACUGGAAUGACAACCUGGUGCUGACCGUCGCCAGUCCCUGCAGCGACCUGGAGGACCUAAAGGACAACGGGACUGUGAACGGCAACAUCGGUGGGCCUCCUCCCAAACUCGUCCCAGUGUCUGGACAGCUAGAGAAGAACAUGGAGAAAGUCUUGAUUCGUCCCACGGCUUUCAAACCUGUCAUCCCCAAGAACCGUCACUCGGUGCAGUACCUGUCUCCACGGCCAGGAGGCAGCAGUCUGUCUGAGAGCCAAGCCAGCCUAAACCUCCUGUUGCCCCUCGCCGCCCCCAACAGCACGAGCAGCACAAACAGCAACGUUGGCAGCUCCAGCUCCAGCUCUGAGGGGAAAACCAAUUCGUGCGGAGGCCGUAACGCUCGCAGCAUCCAGUCCUGCUCCAUGUCCGACUCGGGGAGAAACUCCCUCUCCAGCCUCCCCACCCACAGCAGCACAGGCUACAGUUUGGCCCCCAGCGAGGGAUCCAGCUCGGGGUCUGGUUCCGGGGGCUCGGUGGAGCCGGUGUCGGCUCUGGUUCGCAACACUUCAGGAGGAAGUGGCGGCCACGGUCACAGCAAUUCGGACAGCGGACGCUCCUCCUUCAGCAAAAGCACAGGCUCGGGGUCGCUGAGCGGGCGCGGGCAGCCCCUCUCCGACAGCGGGUCCUGUGGGCACUCGCCACCGCCUGUGGAGGGAUACGAAGUGGUGGUGAAGGAGCUGGAAGAGAAGCUGAGGGAGCGAGACCAGGAGCUCCAACAGCUCCGGGAAAACCUGGAUGAGAACGAGGCAGCCAUCUGCCAGGUGUAUGAAGAAAAGCAGCGACGCUGUGAAAGAGAGAUGGAGGAGUUGAGACAGAGCUGUGCAGUCAAGAUGAAACAGACGUCUCAGAAAGCUCAGAGAGCCCAGCAGGUGCUGCAGUUACAGGUAUUCCAGCUACAGCAGGAGAAAAAGAAGCUGCAGGAGGAUUUCUCAUCCCUUCUGCAGGACAGAGAAACACUAGAGAGAAAGUGUGCCACCAUCCAGAGGGAGCAGACGCAGCUGGGGCCUCGACUGGAGGAGACGAAGUGGGAGGUUUGUCAGAAGUCAGGAGAGAUCUCGCUCCUGAAGCAGCAGCUGAAAGAAAUCCAGUCUGAGCUCAGCCAGAAAGCAGGUGACAUUGUCGUGCUCAAGGCCCAGCUCAGGGAAGCUCGCUCCGAGCUGCAAUCGAGCCAGGGCCGAACCCAGGAGGCCCAGACGGCCCUGCGGACGAGAUCCCUGGAACUGGAGGUCUGCGAGAACGAACUCCAAAGACGCAAGAGUGAAGCCGAGCUGCUGCGGGAGAAAGUCAGCCGUCUGGAGGACGAGUCGGGCCGGAUCCGCGACACACUGUCCAAUCACAGCGGAAACGCACCCAAGAAGGGGCUCGGCAUGAGCCUGUCGUUUCAACAGGGAAGAGUUGUGAUGGGAAGGGGAGGUCCCAGUCCCUACAUGUACCGUGAUGGAGAGGACAGUUACCUGGUGUGGGGCGGAGAGAGCGACGAAGCCAAGGCUCAGAGGCAGAAUGCAGAAACACUAAUGGGACUCAGACAGCAGGUGGAUCGACUGAAAGCCGAGCUCAUGUAUGAGAGAAGAACUGGCGAGGAGCAGCGGUCACGCUUUGAGGAAGAGAGGAGGGUCUGGCACGAGGAGAAAGAGAAAGUAAUCCGCUAUCAAAAGCAGCUGCAGCAGAACUACAUCCAGAUGUAUCGCCGCAACCGUGAUCUAGAGCGAGUGAUGAGGGAGCUGAGUCUGGAGCUGGAGAACAGGGACAUGGAGGACUACGAGGUCCGCAGCGGCAGCAACGACAUCCACUUUGAGGAAAUCACUGCCACUGAGAUCUAGACACACACACACACACACACACACGCACACCAUCCAGUAAAAUGUGCACACACAACAUGGAGAAAACUCACUAAAGUUCCUGAAGAUGCAAACCAAACACUGAACUGUGGACCAAAUGCUGUACUAGCUUCAACGUGGUGUUACAUGGAGCGCAGACCGAGCUCUGAACACUGUUAAAAAGGGAACAUCUCCCAAAGGUGCAUUUGUUAGUCCGUGUUAACACAGAUGUGCCCCACUAAUUCAUCUCCUGGCAUCUCCUGCAGUGUUUCUAUUAGGUUUUUACCUCUGUAAAGCCAGCACAAAGACUGCAUUCUUUCUGAGACCAAAAGCAUUGAGGAGCGUGUCAUUUUUAGAAUAUCUUCAAAUCAGGGUGUUUAAAUUAAACAGGAACCUAAAGCAAAAAAUUAUAUAUAUAUAUAUAUAUAUAUAUAUAUAUAUAUAUAUAUAAAAUAUUCCCUACAGAAAAAUCUCAUCAUCAUGCACUUAAGCUUCUUGGCUGCUUGCAAUAUAAAACACCUGGCCACCAGCAUGUACAGUAUAUUCAGGCGUCAACACAGCAGUUCAGUUAGCAGUGACCAGUCUAAACUACGGUGCCGCAAAAAAAAAAAACUUCAUAGCAUUGACAGUUUAGAUUCCUCAUUUACCACCAACCUGUAAAUAAGUUAGAAGACAUGUUGUAAUUUAGGCAUUUUGGCUGCAGUUUGUGUUAUUACAGCACAUGUGUGGUGACCUGUGUUUUCAGAGAGAAAGAACAUAAUAACUCAUCUCUGCUCAGCUCACUGAGAGAAACAAUGGCAUGAUUUUACCCAAGAUUUCCAGUUCUUUUUUGUCUGGGAUUAUUCUGUUUUCUUCAGAAGAAAAUCAGAAAAGUGAUACCAACUAAGCUCAACUUCGAUGUUUGAGCUCAUAGUUUAUUUACUUGUGGACAUCUCAUUCUGUUGCUUCCCACCAAGACUCCAGGAUCCAAUAAAAGCUAGUUUUUCACUUUGAACUCAUGUUUUUUAGUCAUACUGUGCCUCAUAAAACUGGUUCAGACGAUGUAGCGAGCCUGAAUUUAGCUUGGGGGAAGAGGUGAAGUAUGGCAGAUAUCAGUGGGGUUUAUAAAGAUCUCUCUUUUUUAUUUGUUUUUCUCCCAGUUCCAACUUUCUGCUUCAUUGUUAGCUAUUUUUAUCUAUCUCAGCUAUUAGCACCAGGGUGAAACCAAAUCCAAACCAGUAUCGAAAGUGCAGGAUUACAAUCUUGUGCGGCAACGAAGAUUUAUUACAUGCCUGUAGUUUCUGUUUUGGAUUUCUUUCUUUCCUCUGUGACUCCCACAGUGCAGGUCAAGAGUUUACACACACUCAUUAACGGUAUGAAUGUCACGCUAAUUUAGUUCUUUUAAUGAUUAUUCACUUAAACGGUUCUCUUUUUCAGGAUUAAAUAGUUUAAACAAAAACAAUGCAUCAGAAAAAAUAUAAUUGGUUCAGCAAAUUGGAAUUAAAUUAAUGUUUUCUUUAAUCUGCACAGGUUCAAAGUUAUACAUAAACAUUCAAAUAUGUAUAUACUUCCCUACUAAUAUUUAGAUAAAUGUCCCUUAACAAGCUCCACUUCACUCCAAUGUUUUUUUGUAACAAGCUUCUGGCAUAAUUAUGGUUAGAGAUAUGAUCACUGUCAAUAUAAUCAGCAGAGUUUAUUUAAUUUGGAUUGUGUCCUCACAUAUCAGCUUUUAAAGCCUAGUGCAUACACUUUCAAUAGAGUUGUGGUCUGGGCUUUAUUGUUUCUCUACUUUUUAUUAUUCCUAAACCAGUUUUGUUGUGUUUUGGGGGAUUGUAGUGACCAAUAACUAUAAUAGUGAUUGAUAACUUAGCUGCCAAUAACACAACACAUUUUUUUCACUUCUAAAUGGAAUCAAGCCAUUAAUGUAACAGCUGGUGAAUAACAUAAGUUAUUGUUCUAAUAUUUUAGAACAAUAAAAUGUCGUAAAAUUUUCUUUGUUUAUUGAAUUUGAGGAAAUUCUUUAAAAAUAUAUACUAAUAAUAUGCAUAAUAUGUGCAUAAAAGGGCUGUAUUUCUUAUGAAUAUUUUUUUUUACUCAUCAGAUGGGUGUGUUAGUUGGCAUAAUAGUCACAUUAAUUUGUCAAGUAUGCAGAAUAUGCAGCGCUCUUACCUAAUUAAGGUCAUGAGAUUCUAUUUGAGUAUUAUCCACUGAAAAAUCUUUAUGUAGGAUAUUAUUUGCUUAGAUAUAUAGAUUUAUAUAUUAAUGUAUGAAGGAAUAUUAAAUUAAUUACUGUGAAAUGCAUUUAGCUCUCGUAUUGGAAUGCACUAAAUCUCAAGAAAUUAAAACUAUGUGUAACUAUGUGUACCUUAUUUUCCAAUAAGGUAAUAACUAAUUACAUUGUUGGCAAAACAUUAUUUUUUGGCUUUUUUACAUUUUGAAAACAUUACAUUAUUUGCUCAUGUUGAGGAACGUUUUAUGGUAAGACGGGACAACGACUGAGCUGUUUGACCACAAUCACAAAAGGCAUGAACUGAAUUUCAAACGUUUGUGCUUCAACAGGACAUUGAUCCUAAACUUAAACCAGAACUGAUUUUGAAAUGGAUAAACCAGAGUAACAUUUAAACUUUUUGCACCCCUAUCUUGUUUUUGUAAGAUUUAUGGAAGUACUUAUCAUAAAAUCAUCCCACCACCAAAAUAAUGUUUUCAAUGAGUCAUUGACACAAUAAAACUUUCAUGCUCAUGAUGAGUGUAUGUAAACUUCAGCACUGUUUUAGUUUCCUAGAUAUCAUUACUAGCGAAGUCCCAAAAAAAAAAAAAAAAAAAACAUGUUUAAAAGUCGUCUGUGUUUCUGGUAUUUGGCCUAAUUAUUUUCACUGAAUGCUAAAGGAGAUGGGAGCGGCGCGUUUGCAUGUCUUUGUUUGCAGGACCUUUCGGAAGAUGCCAGCUCAGGUGAAGUGAGAGUUUGCAGAGGUGUUUGCUCCUGCAGCGUUCAAAGCCUGCAGGCUUUUCAUGGAGCGUGGAAACAUUCUCACAGUAAAUGCAGGGCUGUGUGUGACACUGAGCAUAGAGAUAUAGGGCUGCUGAGAACUUUAUUUUGUAAAGAGUCUUUAUUAAGGAAUAAUAUAGAAUUGAUACGAGGGAAUCUAUAUAAUGGAGGAAAAGUUGUAUAUUUUUUAUAUAUAUGUAGCACCUGAAUAACUUUUGCUGUAAUACUGGUGUGGAUUGAUGUCGAUCAUAUACCAAUGUUUCAGUUGAUGGAUGAGUUACAAAUGGAAGCAUCUGCAGAGAGAACACGUGCACCUAAUACUGUAAUGCAUGACAAGUUAAUGUUUACAUUAUAUAAUCUGUAUUGAAAAAUCUUGCAUUCUGAUGAGCAAGCUUGCUGAAAAGCAGGAUAUAAAACCGAAGGGAGUUUUCUUUUUAUGUGUUCUGCUCAUCUUUGCCUUUUUUCUCACUACUCUGAGCUGUCCUUAAGUUGAUUUCCAGUGUCAUACUAGUCAAGACCUUCCUUUUGCGUUUUGUCACGCAACAUUGGCUUAGAAGACAAAUGAGAUUGUUGUUAUCUUGAGGAACAUCUUUAUUAAUGUGAGAGAUGGACUGAUGCAAGUCUAGAAAGUUUUAUGUUACAAUCAUAUUUCAGUAUGCUGCACGUUAUCACCACUUUCAUUGGGGAUCAUGAAAUAGUCUAGAGCAUUAAGCACUGUGUAUACAUUCCUGUGGGAAGUAGCUCAGUUCUGCCACAUUCACUUUAACUAGACGUAGACUGUUAAUCAGCACAUCUGCACAGCAACAAGCACAGGAUGCUUCUGACUCACACCUAAACAUUUUCUCACAUCUCAGCAUGAGAUAUGAGAAAAUGUUCAAAAGUAACAUGACUAUUUUCUGUGUAAAUAUGUAAAACACCAAGCAGUAUAACAGAGUGUCAAUGUCUUUUAUUUAGGCAACAUAUCUAUUUCCAAUGUAGCCACUGUGACUAGACCAAAGCAACGUAACAUUUCUGUUUGUUUUUUUUUUUGGCGGGGGGGUUGUUUUUACAUUUUUGUGGCAUUUUUCAUCCUUUUGUGAGCAUUCUUUUUGUAUUUUUACUUUCUGUGUGUUAUUAAUUCAAUAAAGUAUGUAGCUGUU